UUCUCAGUCGAUCUGUUCAGCGUACAACUUAUCUCAGCGAUAAUCAACCAUGCCACCGAAGGCUAGCGGCAAGGCGGUGAAGAAAGCCGGUAAGGCUCAGAAGAACAUCAGCAAAACUGAUAAAAAGAAGAAGAGGAAGAGGAAGGAGAGCUAUGCCAUCUACAUAUACAAAGUAUUGAAGCAGGUUCAUCCUGACACCGGUAUUUCCAGUAAAGCCAUGAGUAUCAUGAACAGCUUCGUAAACGAUGUCUUCGAACGCAUUGCGGCUGAAGCAUCACGACUGGCUCACUACAACAAACGUUCUACCAUUACCUCUCGGGAAAUCCAAACUGCCGUAAGACUUUUGCUACCUGGUGAAUUGGCAAAGCACGCCGUGAGUGAAGGAACAAAAGCAGUUACUAAGUACACUAGCUCAAAGUGAACGAGUACUGACACCCAAACGGCCCUUUUCAGGGCCCCAAAAAUAUAACGUGAAUAUUCUCUCGACUCGUGUUAAUAUUCAAGUUACAAUUUAAGUAAAGAUUAUUCGAACGUCUAAAGAACACAUAUUGCAAUAUCGUAUUAACAAGACUAAGCAAUAAACUAUUAGAAUUAAUCGGAAGUUCGAAGAUUACUGUUACGUUGUUUUUAAUUUAACUUUAUUCAUUUAACACGCUUAAAAAUCUAACGAGUUCUUUCUUGAUUUUAACUUAUAAUUACACUAAGUUUUAGUGUGUCUAACAAUACUUAAAACUUAUCGCAAUAUUACAAUCUAUUUAUCUAUAAAUAAAUAGAAACUAAAAUUCUUGUUCAACUAUUAGUCAAUAUUUAAGAAUAAACCAUAAAAAUGUCCGAUCCGUAAAGUCAAACACUUCGAAAAGUAGGUUUCUGAUCUGUUGAAAUGUAAUGAUUCGAUUUGUCGAGGCAGAAAUGGUAAUACAAUGAAAGCUUAAGGGAGAAUCCUGCUUUAGAAGGCUCAAAAAAUCGAUUUUUUUAUUGCUUAAAUCUAUUCCUAAUGUAUCUAAGAAUAUGUAUCCAAAGUUAUAGAGGCUAAUUCACAAUAUUUUCAAAGAUACAGCACUAAACGCAGUGAGGUGUCGAGCAGAUAUACGAGCGCUCAGGCAGCUGAAGCGCGCGCUCCUUCCCUCUGUUCGAAUAACUCCGAACUAUGUACCUGAAAAGGUACGUGCUUCUACGGAGCUGCUUCUAGCAUCAACGAUUAGUUUUGCUGAGUCUUGUCGAGUGCACAUCGCUACAAUAUCAUGUCAAGUUAUCCCAAAGGUGAUAAAUCGAGCAGUGAUCGUUCUGCGAAACCACGAAAACGCAGAUUUCACAGGAAUCGAUUCACAAGUGAACCAGACAAUGCAGAGUGCAACACAAGCAGUAGUGCGAAGAAAUUAGCCACCGCAAGCACCGAAAAUAUAAUUGUACAUGCAGAGAGCGGGCAUCGAGGCUUGGGUUUCAAAAUUGUAUUAUCAUGUAUGUGCGGUUGACGAGAAAUCAAUUCAGGACCGUUAAUAAACACCGGUUACGAAAUAAAUAGACGAAUUGUGUUUGUGAUGAGGCUUCUUGGUGUUGGACGAGAAGGCAUGUGUUUUGUGGACUUAUGGAUAUAUGUCAAGGUUUGGCGAAAUCAACAUAUGAUAAAAUAGUGCAGCAUUUAUACUCAGCGUCGAAAUCAAUUCACGGAUUGAGAGGGAAAACCGGCGUACGUCUUUUUCCAGCAAGGAAGCUCGCACGGCCCGUAGACUCGAGCAACUGCAUCAAAAUGAGUUUUUUGAGGAAGUUGAAGGUUUACUUUAUGGCGCAGGAAUAGCUGAUUAGCGUAUUAUUACUGUAAGUAAUCGAAAAUUAACGUUUUUUCUGAUCGUAAACUUUAAAGCGCGUUUUCUCGAGUUUUCGUUUUUACGAUUUUUCUAAACUGGCGGGCGUGAUGGCAAGAAAACUAGACCAAUCAAAACGAACCAAGGCUUGUUAGCUUCAGUUUUGUAUUCUCUUCUAUUUGAACUAAAAAGAUUCACGAACAAAAUUUCUAAACAACUUUUUUAGCAAGUUGAAAUGAUUUUUUUUUACAAAAAGCACAUUUUUUUCAAACCUGAGAAAAAUUUUAAAUUUCACGAUGUUUUGGGUUUUUCUUGGUUCAUCUAGAAGAAAAAUUUUUUAAUGUUCAAAUAUGCAAUAAAAUAAUCUAAAAAGUUCGCUAGACUUGCUUAUUUUUUUCUGUCCUAAAAAAAUCCCCCCAAAAACGCUUUUUUUAGGCCUCCUAAAGCAGGAUCCUCCCUUAAACUAUUUUGAGACAACAGUGUUCUUUUUGGACUCGUUAAAACAUUUAUUUAUUAAAAAAAGCCAGUUAUGUCUUAGAAAUUGGUUUAUUCGGUUCACCCGUUAAAAGUGAUUAAUAAGUUUAAAAAACUUAUUUAUUAGACUCAUUAUUUUAAAAAUAAAUAAAAUUGUGAGACGUGUAGUAAAAACAAAUGAGUCUAAAUCGAGAGAAUUCAUGUUUAAAGUGUACUCCAAAACGUUAUUUUUGAAGAAAAUUUAAUUCAAUAUCCUAUAUGUAUAAUUCACAUUAUAUGUACUAAAGAGUAUUGAAUAAAA